CGGCGCGGCAGGGGGUACUUCCGGCGGGCGGUGGGUGCAGUUGCUGCUGGCUCAGUUGGGGCGAGACCUGCCCUUGUGUGUCGGCCUCCUCCCGUCAUGUCGACCCUGGAGAAGCACCUGCACCUGGGCCGCCUGCCCCCCAGGCCCGCCGUGCCCGGCGGGGGCGGCCAGUCCGGCUCCAAGAUGCGCAUGGGUCCUGGAAGGAAACGAGACUUUUCCCCAGUCCCUUGGAGCCAGUACUUUGAAUCUAUGGAAGAUGUUGUGGUUGAAAACGAAAACGGCAAGGAUACUUUUCGAAUUUAUAAAAGUGGAUCGGAGGGCCCUGUCUUACUUUUGUUGCAUGGCGGAGGCCAUUCUGCUCUUUCCUGGGCUGUGUUCAAUUCUGCGAUCAUUAACAGGAUUCAGUGUAGGACUGUGGCUUUAGAUCUCAGAAGUCAUGGUGAAACAAAAGUUAGGAAUCCUGAAGAUCUGUCUGCAGAAACUAUGUCAAAAGAUGUUGGAAACGUGGUUGAAGCUAUGUACGGGGACCUCCCACCUCCAAUCAUGCUGAUUGGGCACAGUAUGGGUGGGGCCAUUGCAGUGCACACAGCAGCAUCCAAUUUGGUACCCAGUUUAUUGGGUCUUUGCAUGAUUGAUGUCGUGGAAGGCACAGCCAUGGACGCACUGAACAGCAUGCAGAAUUUCUUACGGAGUCGUCCCAAAACAUUCAAGUCAAUUGAGAAUGCAAUUGAGUGGAGUGUAAAAAGUGGACAGAUAAGAAAUCUCGAAUCAGCCAGAGUUUCUAUGGUUGGCCAAGUCAAACAGUGUGAAGAUGCUGCUAGUCCUGAGAUCCCUAAAGCUAUAGUGGAAGGGAUUAUUGAGGAGGAGGAGGAAGAGGAGGAGGAGGAAGAAGACUAUGAAGGAAGAGGAUCUCUUAACAAAAGGAAGAAGGAAGAUGAUACAGAGACAAAGAAAGAACAUCUGUAUACAUGGCGAAUCGAACUGUCGAAAACAGAAAAGUACUGGGAUGGGUGGUUCAGGGGCUUAUCUAACCUCUUCCUCAGUUGUUCUACUCCAAAGCUGCUGCUUUUAGCGGGUGUUGACAGGCUGGAUAAAGAUCUAACAAUUGGACAGAUGCAAGGAAAGUUCCAGAUGCAAGUCCUCCCUCAGUGUGGCCAUGCAGUCCACGAAGAUGCUCCAGACAAGGUAGCUGAAGCUGUUGCAACUUUCUUGAUCCGUCACCGGUUUACAGAACCAAUUGGUGGAUUUCAGUGUGUGUUUCCUGGUUGUUAAUACCCUGAUGUUCUCCAGCACUGAGUUCCAUUGUAAAUAAACUGCACCAGAGGCCACUGUGAUGUAUCCAUAUCCUUCUCAUCUAUCCAGUUCAGCAAUGACAAGAAAUUGGCAUGAGAUCAGUCCCAUAGAGCUGGUUUCUAGGCAUUUCCUUGCCGGAAGGCAGCUCAUACCGGAGUCUUUGCGAAGCUCGUCGGUCUCUUGGACACGGGCUCCUCUCCGCUGUUGCAAGGAAAGACAACCUGAAACCCCGAGUUGUAGAACAUCUCUCAUCUCCAUGAAUCCUCAGGCUUUGUUGAACACAACCACUAAGGGGCUUUGGGCAGAUUGGAUUCCCCGAAGGGGAUUGCAGCAAAUCUGAAGGCGUCAGGAUUUCUUCGUGGAACUAUAUGGGAAAUGUCCCUCGACUUUUUUUUUUUUUUUUAAAGCAUGUGAGGAACCGGCUUCUUUGAGAGUUUUUCAUCUCACCAGGGCCAGCUGUAUAAUUUUAGGGCCUGUAAAUUGUGGGGGAGAGAACCAACUGCGCUAUGAACUGCCUUCCCUUCUAGUUCCACUAGGGGUGGGACUGGGAAAAUGGGACCAUGAGCUCUUUUGAGGGGUCCUGCUGCUUCCUUGACAAGUUCACUCCCGGGGUCUCUCUGGAGAAUAGCCUCAGCACCACUCUAUGGCAGGCACCCAGUGGCCUGGGGAAGCCACAAUAUCACCAGUAACAUCAUGAUCUGUCACGAACAGGCCGAUGGCCGUUCUCUGCUUGUGGAGGUUCUGCACCUCUUGUUCCCGCACACAAGUGAGUGGAGAUUGGCACCUUGGGCAGCUGUUUUUAGGAGGAAACUAGACAGACCAGGCAGUGGAUGGGAUGCUGAGCGAGCUAGCAGUAGGGAGAGAGAGGGACUUGGAGGAAAAUCCCACCAACAGUCUGACCUUGGCCCAAGCAGUUGCUUGCCAUGCAUGUGUGAGGCCCUGCUCAGUGUAUUGUGGGGAAGUCACUGUUCUGUAUUUGAUGUUUAGCACUGAUCAGCUACAGGCCUUUAUUCAUGCAGUCACUCUGAGAGAGAGUUUCUUCAGGGCACAGGACAGCGCUGGAUAAUUUGUUAGAUCCUUCUCACCUCUAUGAAAUCCCCCACGAGAGCAAUAGAACACUUGCGCGUGGAGCUGUUUGCAACAAUAUCUUGAUGUUCUUGAACUAAUAAAAUUGCAGCUUUAUUCCUUAACCCUU